CCCCAUUGUCAGUGAACCAAAUCAAUCACGAACACACACACACACACACAGAGUGGGGGAAGAGAAUUGGGGAAUGGGUUCAGAAGCUGCAGCAAUGGGUGAGCUGGUGGUAGCGCUGGAACAAGCAGCCCUAAUGGCUAAACAAUUUCCUUCCUCGGCCACUACUGCUGCUUUAGACCCUUCCCAAGUCUUCCAAAUUUAUUCUUCUCUCCAGACUGCCCACCACCACUUGACUCUCUUCCUCUCCCACCACCCACCACCGCCAUUCCUUUUGCCUUUCCAGCCACAUCAGGCCUCUUUUCUCCCUUCCCUCCAGCCACCACCACCACCUCCACCGCUCGAAAACUCUUUCUCCUCAGCCGUGGGCGGCGGAGAUGAAUAUGACAUGGACCCCAUGCAAAUGGGUGAUGAUGAUGAGGUUGAACACGAUUCCAAGAACACCUCCACUUCUGCUGCUGCUGCUGCCGUUAUUGAGAUUGAGGGAGUUGAGGAUAGGAUGAGAGACUGCUUUAUUCAGAAUAAGAGACCCAAAAGGCCCUUGUCUCCGUCGUCUGUGGCUGCUGUGGCGGAGCAGCGGCCGAGCUAUGUCAGUCACGUGGCGGCUGGAAGAGGCGGUUCCUCAGCGGAGCAAUUUGAUCCCGAGGGGAGUAGAUUAAGGUCUCUUGAUCUUGUAUAUCAAUUUCAUGGUUGAAGAAAUGGAUAGCAGUGAAGGGAGAUAUGAACUUUUGCAUAUCGCCCGCCUUCCUAUUGUAUGCUUCAAACUCGAGGAAUUAUGUACUAUUAACAAUUUUUUUUUGGAAUAUAUUUGUCUAUCAUCCAGUACUA